GGCGGAUGUCGUAACAGCUGGACGUCAAAAAGUGUGGUGACAUAAAUUUUGUGAUCAUAAAUAUUUUUCAAUAUUAUGGGUGACGAAAACAUAAAUUCUAGUAAAAAAUGUGAUAAUAAUAAACAUAAUGUUAUAAUUAUUGGCGGUGGUAUGGCCGGACUGGCCGCCGCCAAUUAUUUUGUAAAAAAUGGUAUGGAGGACUUUAUAAUUUUAGAAGCAAGAAAACGUUUGGGUGGUCGUAUUAUAUCCAUUCCUCUGAAAAAUCACAACGUUGAACUAGGAGCUAAUUGGAUACAUGGAGUACUUGGUAAUCCAAUAUUUGAGUUGGCAAUGGCCAACGGACUUGUAAAUAUUAUAAAUAUACCCAAACCGCACAAGGUUAUAGCCGCCACUGAAGAUGGGAAACAGGUACCGUUUGGAGUCUUGCAUGAGAUACAUGAGGCCUAUGUCUGCUUUUUAAGAAGAUGCGAAGAGUACUUUCUUUGUCAGUAUUUGCCUCCACCCGAUAUUCAUAGUGUAGGAGAGCACAUAAAUUUAGAAGCAACUAUUUAUUUGGAGCGUUUGCCUUCAUCCGAAGAAAAAAAGUUAAGGCGUCUUAUAUUUGACUGUUUGUUAAAAAGAGAGACUUGUAUAUCUGGAUGCAAUACAAUGGAUGAAAUAGAUCUUCUAGAAUUAGGCAGUUAUACUGAAUUGCAAGGUGGGAACAUUAUGAUCCCUUCAGGUUUCAGUUCUAUCUUAGAACCUAUGAAGAAAAAUAUUUCACUAGACAAAAUACUGUCUCAAAAACCUGUAAAAAAGAUAACAUGGGAUUCAAAUCAUCAUUCAUCGGGAAAUUGUUAUGAAGAUAUUGGAGAGGAAUCAGAAGAUUCUGAUCAGACUGUGAUAGAAGAUAUUUCUAGGACUUCUGCCUCUGCUGCAGAUAAAACUGUGAACCCGGGAGAAGGACCCUCAGUUAAAGACAAUGCACAAAAACCAAAGAAGAAAAAUCCCUUUUCUGUAGAAGUAGUGUGUGAAAAUGGGGAAAGUUAUUAUGCUAAUCAUGUGAUAUGUACAAUUCCAUUAGGUGUUCUAAAAGAACAAGCUGCCAGUUUGUUUGAGCCUUCCUUGCCUCAGUACAAAAUUGAAUCUAUUGAAAGACUAUUGUUCAGUGCUGUAGAUAAAAUUUUCUUAGAAUAUGAUAGACCUUUUCUAAAUCCUGAAGUAACAGAAAUAAUGUUGCUUUGGGAGUCUUCACCAAAUCCAGGAGACAUGGCAGAGACUUGGUUCAAGAAGAUUUACUCAUUUAGUAAAGUGACAGAAACCCUCCUUUUGGGGUGGGUGUCAGGUAAAGAGGCAGAGUAUAUGGAGACUUUGUCCAUGGAGGAAGUAGGUUCAACUUGCACAAAAAUAUUGCGUAAAUUUUUAAAUGACCCAUUUGUCCCCGAGCCACAGAGAUGUGUAUGUACAAGCUGGAAGAAGCAACCUUAUACCAGAGGAUCAUAUACAGCACUGGCUGUUGGAGCUAGUCAAAGUGAUAUUGAAAGUUUGGCCCAGCCUUUAUUUCGAAAUAUUCAUGACAAAAAGCCUGUGCUGCUCUUUGCUGGAGAGCAUACACACAGCAACUUUUACUCCACUGCACACGGCGCCUACCUCUCGGGACAGGCCGCGGCUCGGCGCUUGCUCGCUCCCGACGAUCCGGCCGAAAACAUCCUCGAGUGCCCGACGUCCUCCGACCUCUCUUCCUGGAUCCAAGGCAUACAUCUAGAGGGCUAGUAUUACACAAUUCAUGCCAAUCUCGGCUAUGAAUUUAUUCCUAAUUUAUUUGUUAGUAGAUACCUAUUUAUACAAUUCUCACAUGACAAUGGCAAAAGAGCCUUUUGAUUACCAGUUUAAUUUAUAAUAGUUAUAUGGAUUAUGUAGUUGCUUUUUAAGUACACAUAAAAUGAACACUGAUACUGGCUAAUCAUUACUCGAAAAUUGAUCAUCAUUAAAAUAGAAAUUAGUUUAUUAAUAAGUAUAGAGUCAAAGACAAUGUAUAGUUUACGGGAGUAUGUGUAUAAUUUUUAUUUUGUUUCAUUUAUGAAUGCUAUGAAAUUUUAAAGUUAAUGAAGUUGUAAUGAAAUGAUUGUUUUUGUAUUUUGUUUUUGUAAUUGAUACAUGAAAUGUAUUGUUUAAGGACUUAAGAUGGCAACUCUUUAAAAUUUAUUUACAAAACACAUUAUUGUUAUUAAAAUUUGUUACCUGUAUUUUUAUCAGGAGUGAUUAUCAAAGUAUUUAAGAGGAAUUUAAAUUAUGUAAUUGAUAAAAUCCGUCAGGAUCAUCAUACAGUAAGUAGUUAAUUAUUUUAUUACAUUACAUACCUAUUCAAUACCUAAAUUAAAUUCAGUAGAACAUAAAUAAUACCAAAAGAUAUUGCUUGUUAUUGAAAUCACGCCUACAGAUGUUUUAGCCUUGCCCUUUAAUGGGCUCUAUGGUAUGUCAUCAUUUGUUAGCUGAUAAAUGUAAACCCUUGCAUACGUAUUUCAGUCAUACACUUUUAUUCGUCGUAAUACUUUGAGAAUCACACCUCCUAUUUGCACAUCAUUCAAAUAAAAUACCCUGCGAAAGAUUUGAUUCAUCUGUGAGGUUUCUUUUAUCUCUAAAACUAAAAGACAGUAUAGUUUCGGAAAGACCCAGCUACACAAUUUAUUGUGCGUUUUA